CCUUUAACACCUCAUCAUCCUCCCUUCGGUUCCCUUUAUAUAUAUAUAUAUGAAUAAAAAUUUCUCUCUUUGUUGAAAAUUGAAUUUCUUUCAAGAAACAACAUCCCAUCAAAUCACCUAUUUUUCUGCUUAUAUUGUUAUCCAAAAAAGUAAAAAUAAAAGUGGAAAAAAAAAAUCUUUGAUCAGUCUUUUUGAUCUGAUACCCACUUGGUUACUCAUCUUGUUUGAUCAAAAUUUUCUUGAAAAAAUUCAUAUGGGUUUUAAGGAAUCUUUGGGGCUCUUUCUCAUGUCUGAGGCUUGAAAUUUUUGUGAUCAGCUUCUAAUUUAAGUGAUUUAGAAAUCCUCCCAUUGCUUAAUUUGGGCACUGCAGAAGCUAGCAGUGCCCAUGGACGCCUCGACGAGUGGAACCUCGAGUGUUCAAUACCAUAACAUUGCUGAACAACCUAUUGCUGCUACUAUUGUAAACUCAACAUUUCAAAGACAAGUGAGGCACUGUUUUGGGAAUGCGACUCCUGGUGAAUUCCCAUUGUCAGCUAACCCGUCUAUCGUUCUUCAUGUGCUUACUGGAUGUAAUUUAGAUCCACAGGACCUUGCAACUCUAGAGGCUACUUGCUCAUUCUUUCGGCAGCCUGCAAACUUUGCACCCGAUAAUGAGCUCUCCUUAGCGGAGUUGGCAGCUCUUGAUAUGUGCCGAAAAAGAGCUAUAUUUAAGCCAAUGACUCAGGAGCAAUGUCAUGAUCUGAAGCAAAAAUGUGGGGGCUCCUGGAAGCUUGUUCUAAGAUUCCUGCUAGCUGGGGAAGCAUGUUCCAGGCGCGAAAAAUCACAUGCAGUAGCUGGCCCUGGUCAUAGUAUUGCUGUGAGUUCAAAAGGAGUAGUGUACUCUUUCGGGUCUAACAGCUCAGGGCAGCUUGGAAAUGGAACCACAGAAGAGGAAUGGCGGCCUCACCCGAUUAGAUCACUUCAAGGCGUUCGUGUUAUUCAGGCAGCUGUAGGGGCUGGCAGGACUAUGCUGAUCAGUGACACUGGGAAGGUGUAUGCAUUUGGGAAAGAAUCAUUUGGCGAAGCUGAGUAUGGUGUCCAAGGAAGUAAAGUAGUUACAACUCCUCAGCUGGUUGAAUCUUUAAAAGACAUCUUUGUUGUACAAGCUGCAAUUGGGAAUUUCUUCACUGCUGUAUUAUCAAGAGAAGGAAGGGUUUAUACAUUCUCUUGGGGAAAUGAAAUUAAACUUGGUCAUCAAACUGAGCAAGCUGAUCUGGAACCCCGUCCAUUAUUAGGCGCAUUAGAGAAUAUUCCAGUGGUACAAAUUGCAGCAGGAUAUUGCUACCUUCUUGCUCUGGCUUGUCAACCUAGUGGCAUGUCUGUAUAUUCUGUUGGUUGUGGAUUGGGUGGAAAGCUUGGCCAUGGAACACGAACUGAUGAAAAAGUCCCGAGGUUAAUUGAACAAUUUCAGACUUUGAAUAUUCAGCCGGCAGUUGUUGCAGCUGGGGCUUGGCAUGCUGCUGUUGUUGGGAAAGAUGGAAGGGUCUGUACAUGGGGUUGGGGCCGCUAUGGGUGCUUGGGUCACGGUAAUGAAGAUUGUGAAUCAGCUCCUAAGGUAGUGGAAGCACUAAGCAACGUAAAGGCUGUUUAUGUUGCUACAGGGGACUAUACAACUUUUGUGGUUUCUGAUGACGGAAAUGUUUAUUCAUUUGGUUGUGGAGAAUCGUCUAGUCUAGGACAUAAUACUGCUGCUGCUGAAGCACAGGGUAACAGGCACUCAAAUGUUUUAUUCCCUGAGGUUGUAACAACAUUGAAGCAGCUGAAUGAAAGAGUGGUGCAAAUAAGUCUGACUAAUUCAAUAUACUGGAAUGCCCACACAUUUGCAUUGACAGAAUCUGGUAAGCUAUAUGCAUUUGGCGCGGGCGAUAAGGGACAGCUAGGUGUGGAGCUCAGUGUCAACCAAACCGAAAGGGCAAUACCAGAGCGGGUUGACAUUGAUCUCAGUUAAACAUAGGCCAUUAUUAUUCCUGCUCUUUCACAUAUUUAUGCAUUGCUAGUUUAUCAUUCUCAUUAACCUCAUCGUGCAUUAUAUCUGCUGUUCAAUUUCCAUCUGUAAAUAGAAAACAAAACGAUUGUGAAGAAGCAUAGGUUUUUAGGAUCUGCACAAGUUUAACCUCCUAAGAAUUUGUUGGCUCUUGGCCACAAGCAAGUAAAUAGUUGAUACAAUUUGUUAAGGUUGAUUUUUCACUUAUUUGCUCCUCA